AUGGUGGCAGCCCUGGGCCCCACGGGCCUCACAUGGCGGGCGGCUGCCCAGGUGCGGACGGAACUGGAGCGCCGCACAGGGCACAGCCUGGCCCAGCACAAGGACUUCAUUGACAACGAGAUGCUGCUGGUGUUGGCGCAGAUGGACCGGCCCUCCCGCAUCUUCCCGCACCUCUACCUGGUGGGCACGGCGGGCCGCAGGGCACGGCAGGGGGUGGCACAUGGGCACAGCCUGGCCCAGCACAAGGACUUCAUUGACAACGAGAUGCUGCUGGUGUUGGCGCAGAUGGACCGGCCCUCCCGCAUCUUCCCGCACCUCUACCUGGGCUCUGAAUGGAACGCAGCCAACCUGGAGGAGCUGCAGCAGAACCGGGUUACCCACAUCCUCAAUGUGGCACGGGAGAUCGACAACUUCUUCCCAGCACUGUUCACCUACAUGAACGUGCGGGUGUACGACGAGGACACAGCCCAGCUCCUGCCACACUGGAAUGACACCUUCCUCUUCCUCUCCGAUGUGCGACGGCAGCGCAGCUCCCAGCAGGAUGCAGGAACAGCGGGGCUGCUCCCGUGCAUGGCAUGGCCUCCGCGGAUCUGCACAGCCCCCACCACCCCCACCCAGGGCAUUCCAGUGGGACCCCGGCAGCGGCGGCAGUGCUGCAAGCCGACCCGGCCACCCAUCUCUACGCCAGCUACGUCCCCUUGA